AUGGAAGGCGUUGGCAUGGAUGCUUGUGCUCGAAAGUUACGUGAAGAGACGGAUUGCCUCGAUUGCGCUGAAGACAAGCCAUCAUCUCGUCUGAACAACAACAACAACAACAACAACAAUUGCUUAACUGACAUAGAUUAUUCUCUAUGUUCUGAACUAGUUGCUCUUUCCAGAAUCCUGACACCAGUGGUUGAUUACAUUUCAGAUGAUGUUGACAUGUUUCCAUUGGAAGUGUUAUCAUCACUACACUUACCUCUAUCGGCACCAAAGCUCCCCGCUGAUCUCAUUGUUCGCCCGCUACGCAGUACCGAUUACAACCAUGGUUACCUGCAACUUCUUUCGCAACUCACAUCCGUCGGUGACGUUUCAGAAGAACAGUUUCACAAAAGGUUUCUUUCAAUGCAGAAAACAAAUCCGAAGAGUUACUACGUUGUCGUUUUGGAAGAAAUUAGCAGCGGUAUGUUGGUUGGCUCAGCGACUUUAGUGAUCGAGUGGAAGUUUAUCCAUGAGGCUGGAUGUAGGGGACGUACUGAAGAUGUGGUAGUGGACAGACGAAUGCGUGGUAAACAACUCGGUAAACUACUCAAUUUCUAUCUGGUCGAAUUGGCUCGUCUUAUUGGUGUUUAUAAGAUGUCACUUGAAUGCAAAGAUUCUCUCAUUCCUUUCUAUGAACAAUUCGGAUUCAAGCUUGAUCAAGGCAAUAACUUCCUCGUUCAGCGAUUCGAUUAA